GCCAGGAGAGCUAUAUACCCCGAGACGGAUAUGCCGCCUCAGACGCUGCCUCGUGUGUGUGACGGGAUGCGGUAACGCGUGACACACCGUGACGCGCCGCCGGAAAUGCCUCCGCGCGUGACAGUAAUGAAAUGGUUCCGCGCCCAGUUGAAGCAGCGUUCUCACUCUCUGCCCUGGCCUGCGUCGGAGUCCUCCCCAUCAGCCGACAGCGUCUCCUCGCCCUCCUGCCAAUCCUCCACACGCUCAGCCUUCAUUUCCCCGUCUCCCCGGCCCAGCGGUGUCCCACUCGCCACGCAUUGCCUCCGCAAAGCAUAUCACCACCACCCUUCGCCCGGGUACCCCGCUUCUCGGUCCACUCCGCGAAGUUUUGCCUUUCGAACGCUGAUCGUGGUCCUCUUCGUCCGUUCACACAUCACACACAGCUCGUCUGGGUGGACACUCGACUCACCUAGCAGCAUCGCCCUCCGGGAUCCGGGUGCGCACGGACCUCUCCUGCUGGCCCACUCGCCACGUCGGGGGCCGCGCGCUAUUACCCCCAAUUUACGUACCCAGUCCCCGUACCGCCCCUCCAUCGAUCGCUGCUACCUUAUCUUCAUAUCACCGCUUCCCUCCUCCCGCAAAGGCAGGCAAGGGCGUCGAGCCUCUAUUCCGAACCCUCCCAGCCGCCCUUUCCCCAGGUGCGCCCAUCUGCUCAGGUCAGCCAGACAUCUCAGCGCUAUCCCUUCUCAGGCGACCGCACCUACGCUGCCGAGCCAUCGGCCAAUCCUAUCCACCCGUCCCCUCUUUAGCGACGCCUCAUGGCCGCGAGCCAGCCCAGCGUUCACAUCGUUGUUUUCAUUUCCCUUUUGCCGGGCUGCGUCCCACUCCUCUUCUUUCGCCCUUCAUUUGGCAUCCUCAUCUGGCUUUCCCGUUCCCUUCCAGACGACCUUCCUUCGCUGUUCCGAUCAAAUCCCCCAUGUGCAUCUAUCCAACGCCUGUUGUCUUCUCGCCUAGAAUAAUACAAUUCGGCAGAAAAGGAAUAUACGUCUCUUCCUCAGCC